AUGGCAGAUGCCACGCUGCGCACUGCCGUUGUAGAAGAACCGCCUUCCUCCCCGCCCUCGACCCGCCCCGCCUCCGAGCCGCCAAGCAUCUGGGAUUUACCUCCAAUUCCGCACGUCGACAGGACGAACGGCCAGGCCAUGCCAAGCUCGUUCACAGUUGAGGAGGAGCCUAGUGAAUCAGGUAUCACUAAUUCCUCAGCCGUCGCCCUACCUACGCGGGUUGCCAUGCAGGCCGCCGUGCGUGUCAGAUCUGCGCCGGAGAGCGGGCCCAUUUCUAUCGCCAUGGACGGGCCGAACCCCUCGCCGCACUUUGUGUCGCUGGAGAAUGUGGCGAGGCUGUAUUUGGAGAUGAAGAAUGAGCGGGACUUUUUGGUCAGGGAGAGCGCCUCUAUUUUCAAUGAUCGCGUUGCCGUCGUGUCGCAGUUGCGGCAGCUUGAGCUCCAGCUCAAUGAGUUGCUCCAACAAAAGGGGCGCUUAGAGGAGAACUUAGACACCCUGGGUCUUCGGGACGAAGAAAACAGAGAGAAGAUCGCCGCUCUUGACGAGAAGGUGGCCAACAUUUCGACGGAAUCGCAGCGUUUCGAGGCUACUGUCCGCGGGCUCAAGGGCGACUCGCAUUCCGUGCAGUCGCGCGGCGCCGCGUCCCGCCCGCGACCACGGCCGAGCGCUGCUUGCGAGCGUACCCUGUACGGACACACGGGAAACGUCUUGGGUGUCGAUGUGUGCGAGAACACCAAUGUGCUUAUUACCGCAAGCUCAGACAGAUCGCUGCGAACGUGGGACUUGUCCACAGGGCGCAGGCUUGACACUUUAUACGGACACGAGGGCUGGGUUCAUGCGGUCGCGUUUGCAGAAUCCGGCGAUGCAGCCGUGUCUGGGUCUGGGGAUAAGACAGUCAAAGUCUGGGAUUUAAAUGGUGCACGAGGACGCGGCACAUGUCGAGCAACUCUGCGCGGGCAUGAAGCGGGUGUGACUUGCGUGCAAUUGGACGACGAGGACGUUUUAGUUUCAGGUUCGCUUGACCAGACUUUGAGGCGUGUGGACUUGAAUGCCAGCGGCGACAAUUGUUCCGUGAUCCAAGGUCACGAGAGCGGUGUGUAUUGCUUGCAGUUCGUUCGUCAUGGUCUUGCUUCAGGUGGUGGUGACAGUCUAAUCAGGAUGUUCGAUAUUCGGACAGGGAGGUGCCAUCGCACAUUGCAGGGUCAUUCUGGCGGUGCUGUGCGCGCUUUGCAGUUUGAUGAUAACCAUCUAAUAUCAGGAGGCACAGAUCAUGAUCUGCGAUUUUGGGAUCUUCGGACAGCGAGCUGCACCGCAGUGGUGGAUGUGGGUUGUCGGGUGAAUGCGUUGAAAUUUGAUCAGGAGCGUGUGUAUGUGGGAUGCGCGGACAGGACACUGAAGGUGUACAAUAUGGAGUCAAAGAAGCUAAUGGCGGAACACGGAGGUCACCUAGGGCCGGUUAUGAGUUUAGCCGGCCACGGAAAUCAAUUUUUUACUGGGUCCACCGACCAAACAACAAAGGUAUGGAAUCUAGGUGGAUCAAAGUAGGAUAGAGGGGGGCGGGGAGCGGGCCCAAGACGCUUGAAGUAUUUAGCUCAAGGUUACAAAACGGGUUCCUAAUCUGUUUAUCAUUCCUACUCUUUUUGCAAGGAAGCCCAGUUGCACGUGCAUUUUUUCGGCUUAUUGCUACUAUACUAAACACCUGUUGUACAU